AUGAGUUCUAGGGACUUACGUAGCGGAAAGCAGGAAACAUAUUGCUACGCCGAAGAAGAAGGUGGAGAAUACUAUGAUAUCUGUGAGAGAGGCAGCGGUGUAGCGAGGACUAAUUUGUUUGUAGAGAAGAAAUGGAAGGGUGGUAAAGAGAAGGGAACCAAAGAGUUCCGUUCUUUGUUCCUGACUUUGAAGCUGUCAGAUCAUAAUGGAGCAAACAAAGGUUUCGGUUUCAGAUUCGAAAUUCCAGCAACCAGAGUUGAAGCACGAGAUUUCGCUUCACCAUGGACUAUUGUUCAUGGCUUUUAUGCUGGUAUGGGUGGAUUUGUUUUCGAUUUCGAAAACUCCGAAGAUAAUACUCCGCCAUUCAUCCCCAAUUAUCAGCGCCUAACGCUUUCCGCUCGCGGUGUCAGUCUGCUAGCAGAAUGUGGUUACCUACCGGACAUAAGUAAACGCGAGAUCGUGGACAAGAGCAAAGCAGAUACCAUGGCAAAACUCCUAGUUAUUCUCCAGGCUGGAUGGAUGUUAGUACAAGUUAUUGGACGACUUGUCAGUGACCUCCCGGUAACUCUCCUGGAAGUUAAUACACUAGGCCAUGUUCUCUGUACCUUCAUUAUCUAUAUGCUAUGGUGGCAUAAACCCCGCUCCAUAAUGAUGCCCACGAAACUCAAAGGAGACUGGGUAAAACCUCUGUGUGCGUAUAUGUACAUGAGUAGUCAGAUCAGUGGACAUGAUAGCAGACAUCCCGGUAUUCUCAAGAGAUCAUGGAAGGACUCGGAACUUUCAAGAUUUAUGCAUUAUUAA